GUUUAAGGGGCUGUCGCCAGCUGGGGUCCGUACGCGGGUUUUUGGUGAAACCCGAUCAAUCGAUGCGAAUUUAAAUACAAGUCGGUAGUUGAAAUGAAAAGCCAAUCUCUGUUUUGUUUUCUUCAAUUUGGCGCCUUAGCUUCGUCGUUUUCACACACAGUGAGAUACAGGGAAAAAUGAGUUCGAGUUCGUCGAGCAACAUCUUCAGGAACCCUCAUGGAUAACAAAUUCUUUCUGAGAAAGCCUAAUUGGGAGAAUUUGGAUAGGUUUAUACCCAAUCGGGCUGCACUGGACCUUGAUUACGCGCAUUACAUGGUCACAGGAAGGAGAAAAGGAAUCGAGAACCCAUGGGCUGCAAGCCCUACAUAUCAGAUGCUACUGACUGAGACCUUCAACAUGAACCGAGCACGGAUCUUCACAUUCAAGAACAAACCGCCAACCCCAGUUGAAGCCAUUCCAAGGAGAUUGCUUUCACCCCCUCUUCAUAAGGCCAAAUCUACCAAGCCCUGUCGAAGGAUUCCUAAGGAUCCAGAGAGAACAUUGGACGCUCCUGGUAUUGUAGAUAAUUUCUACUUGAAUUUACUAGACUGGAGCAGCAGCAACAUUAUUGCAAUUGCUCUUGGAAACUCAGUGUACCUAUGGAAUCCUUCUGACCGUUCCAUCGUAGAACUCGUCACAAUUGAUGACGAAGAUGGUCCCAUUACAAGCAUCAGCUGGGCUCUUGAUGGGAAGCAUAUUGCCGUUGGCUUGAACAAUUCCUGGGUCCAGUUAUGGGAUUCUGUUAGAUUGGAACGUUGAGAGGUGGUCACCAUGGAAGAGUAGGUUCACUGGCCUGGAACAAACACAUUCUUACUACAGGAGGAAUGGAUGGUAGAAUUAUCAACAAUGAUGUAAGAGUGAGAUCCC